GAGCACGAACUUGAUGGUUGACAAACAAAAACAGUUCCAUGUCGCCGAUUCAUAAAUCACUAUGCUUUUGUCUUUUGUCUUUUCCCAGCCUUUGAGACAGACGACACGCGUAUGUUUCCCCGGCGCCUGCUUCAAUCAUUGGCCUGCCACGGUAGCUGGCCACGGUGUCAUGAGACCCGGGCCCGGAUAUUCUCCACCUCUUGGACUUACCGCGUUGUUCUUCCUUCGAGAAGGUUGAUCCUUCUGCCUCCGGUGUUCACUCGACUGGGAUCAACGUCUACUAUGAAUUGGCUAUAUCUACUUCCGUGCGAACAUCAAGUUAAUCGAUAUCCAUCAUCAGCAGAUUCAGCAGGUCACGGUGCGAUGGGCUCAAAGCCCAUGCUUUGAUUGUAUCGUAAGCUCCUCCAAUUACGAUAAAAUUGUCAAAUAUGUCAGAAAUAUCAAUAGAGCUCUUUGAUUCUUCGACAGUGUCCCCACGGCCAACGGUCAUGCGACCUGGCAUGGUGUACUGUCUCUAAUCGGCUGUCCGUCCCCGAGUUACGCUGUCUUACGACGAUGGAUAAAAGACCGUCAGAUCCCACAAUGGUGCCAACCAUUAGCAAAGAGCCCUCGACAGAAGAACAUAUCAACGAAAAUUUAACGUUCAUGACGAAGCUAUCAGUCUCGGCGGUCGUCGUCGCUCUCGCGGCUGCAGUCUACUCAACUGCAAGUAGUUCAGAUCUAACACUUCCUCCUCAGGCAGUGUAUGUCAACCCUCUUUCUUGGAACGUUCUUGGUGCAAACAGCACGCUAUUCCGUAACUCGUCUAUUGAUCAAUUCUUCAAUCCUACCAACACAACUUCGCCAUUCUUCCAAGUCUUCGAUCCAUCGUUCCUGAACAUCCUAGGACCUAAUGCCAACUUCCGUACUAUUGUGGCAAACCCAGGAUUCGCAUUCGCUCACGAAGCGCCCAUCUACGACGCAGAGUCUAACAUCCUAUAUUUCUCGAGCAAUGAUGGCGGCCCACUUGGUUACAAUGGGUGGUACAACAACAGUGUCGUUAGUAUGCUAAACAUGACGGAGGUUGAGGAGGCAAUAGCCAGUACCAGCGGAAAUGUUAACAUACAAAUCCAGACGCUCCCGCUUCCCGAUACUGUUCAAAUGACAAACGGAGGGACUGGCCCUUACAAGGGUGAUCUCCUUCUCGUUACUUCCGGGCGUGCUCUUCUUCCACCAUCAGUAGUACUCGUUAACCCUGUCUCACCAUACAACGCCACUGUCCUCCUCGACAACUUUUACGGAAGGCAGUUCAACUCACUCAACGAUGUAAAAGUGCUUCCAGGCACUGAUAUCAUCUACUUCACUGACCCCACAUACGGAUGGUUGAACAGUUUCCGCCCAGAACCCUUACUGCCAUCGCAGGUUUAUCGACUUGAUCCAUCUACUGGACAGGUUCGCGUGGUGGCUGACCAAUUCAUAAAUCCCAACGGUGUCGCUUUCACCGCAGAUGGCAGGACAGCAUUCGUCACGGACACCGGUGUUUCUGAUGGCUUCCUCGGCUAUAACCAGACAUACCCUGCCACGAUCUAUCAGUACGACGUUGACCCAGCUACUGGAUCAUUUAUGAACCGCAGAGUGUUUGCUUACGCUGACACUGGUGUUCCCGACGGAAUCCAGCUAGACACCAUGGGGAACGUUUAUUCUGGGUGUGGGGAAGGAACCCACGUCUGGAACCCUGAAGGCACUCUCAUCGGAAAGUUCUUCAUCAAUUCCACUACGGCUGAAAUGAUGUUCACCAAAGCGGGAUUGGUAAUCCUGGAUGAGGAAACGAUAUAUCUGGCACAGAUCCAGGCUCAGGGCACAAACUUGGUGACACUCUAAAAGGAGGAGACUGCUAUCUUUUGAAGGCAACCUGGACGGUUUAGAUCCUGAGAUAGGCCUCGUGUAUAGAUAGGAACUUUGGACUUGGUCAGCUUUGAUGAAUCAAUCGAUGUAUAUUUUACCCAAUGUUCUGCACUCGUCGAAAACUAUUUCAGAGUCGUUUUCCACCACUGUCU